UAAAAUGUAUAUCCCAGAAGCCUCUGCUUGAAAACUCGCGCAACCACGAAUCUGAGAAACAGCGUGAAAGGCUAGCUAAUCAUGUCGGAUAAAAAACAAACAGUUGACUUGGGGUUGUUGGAGGAGGAUGACGAAUUUGAAGAGUUUCCUGCUGAAGAUUGGACUGGGCUUGACGAGGAUGAAGACGCGCAUGUGUGGGAGGAUAACUGGGAUGAUGACAAUGUAGAGGAUGACUUUUCAAACCAACUCAGAGCUGAGCUGGAAAAGCAUGGAUACAAGAUGGAGACAUCAUAGUUCCAGCAUCCAUGAUGGAGAUUACAUGGACUUAAAAACAUGCCAGUUCUGGCGUUGAGUGGAAGGCUUGCAUGCAAGGUGUGAACCUGGAAAGACAAACAUGUCAAGCUGGGAGUACAAUUUGAUUUUUUUUUUUUUCUGUUUCCUGUCUCAUUACAGUUUGUAUAUUAAAGUUCUGAUAUUAAAAUA